UAUAGGUUCAAGUUCACUUAUUGCCUAUGCCGUAUUCCAGAAUAUACAGAAAUCUCCAGAGAGUUUCGCUCUUGUUGCCCAGGCUGGAGUGUGAUGGUGCAAUCUCGGCUCACUGCAACCUUCGUCUCCUGGGUUCAAGCAAUUCUCCUGCUUCAGCCAGGGUUUCACCAUCUUGGCCUGGUUAAUCUUGAACUCCUGAUCUCCUGAUCCACCUGCCUGGACCUCCCAAAGUGCUGGGAUUACAGGUGUGAGCCACCAUACCUGGCCAAGAGCAAGGAUUUUUAAAAGUCGAUACUCUCAACUAUAAUUGCUCUCCAAACUAAACAAAAUUUUUAAUAUUUAUUAUAUUCUAGAUAUAUUUGCUCAGUGCUUUCAAUGUAUUUUUCAUUUAAUCCUUAAAAAACUUUGAGAUGGAUAUUAUUAGUCUGAUAUUGCAGACAAGGAAACUGAAUCCUGGUAAGGGGGACUUACCUAAGUUCUUAGAGCUAGUAAGUGUUGGAGCUGGAAUUUGAAUGCAACCUUGUCUUGUUCCAGAGCCUCUCCCCCAUACACUUUUAAACCACCAAAAUAUAAUGUCCAAUGAAAAUGGAUUUUGAAGUUUCAGUGGUAGAUUGUGACUGUGUAAGUCAAACUGGAAAGUAAAAGUCUUGAUACUGUAUUGUCAUUGCCUGCCGAAGUAAUUUUAAGGCAAACAUCUUGUGAUUCAGAUUUUCUUAAUGUUUAUUUCCUUUGCUGGAAUUUGAGUUCAGAUAUGACUAAGUUAAUAAAGUCUGAGUUACACAAUAGAGAGAGCUAAGCUUUAUCUCUGAAAGCAGGGUUUCUCAACCUCAGCUUUAUUGAGAUUUGGGGCUAGAUAAUUAUUUGUAGUCCUGUACAUUAGGUUGUUUGGCAGCCUUUACCAGCUGGAUACUAGUAGUAAAUCCCCUGUUCUUCAGUUGUGACAACCAAAAAUUUCUUCAAACAAUGCCAAAUGGUCCAGGUGUAGUGGCAGGUGCCUAUAGUUCUAGCUACCCAGGAGGCUGAGGUGGGAGGAUUGCUUGAGCACAGGAGUUCAAGGCUGCAGUGAGCUAUGAUCAUAUCACUGCACUUCAGCCUGGGUGACAGAGCAGGACCCCAUCUCUUAAAAAUAAAAAAAUUGCUGAAUAUCCCUGUGAGGGUUGGAUCGGGGCAAAAUUGUUCUUGUUUGAAAACUACUAUCCAAGGUGACUUUCUGGCAUAACAGUGGGUUGGGACUUUAUAAAGAUAUAAGGUGUUAAGGUCUAAUUUGGCUUAGGACAUGACUCUUUUUUCUUAUUAUUUAUAAUUAAAACAAAAUAGAGAUGCUCUUGAGUAGGGAGAGCUCUUGGUUUAUUCUGCCCAUGGUUUAAAUUAAAGACAAAUAGAGAGGAAAGCACCAGCCAUGGUGGCGCCAAGUCCCUUGUGGUAGCAGAGAGGAAUCAGCUGGACCUCACGGGAGCUUGGAUGGUCAUGGCCUUUACCUUGUACUCACUGCUGCAGGCAGCCCUGCUCUGUGUCAAUGCCAUUGCCAUGCUGCACGAAGAGAGAUUCCUCAAGAACAUUGGCUGGAGAAUAGACCAGAGAAUUGGUGGAUUUGGGGAAAAGCCAGGAAUUAAAUCUCAGCUAAUGAACCGUAUUCAAUCUGUAACAACUGUGAUGAGAAUGCCAUUGAUAAUAGUAAACUCAAUUGCAAUUGUGUUACUUUUAUUAUUUGGAUGAAUAUCAGUAGAGGAAAUGGAGACUCAGAAGAGAUGCUAGCAGAAGUUAUUAUUUAGGUCAUUACUGGAAUAAAGGCUGAGAUGGGAGGAUCACUUGAGCCUGGGAGGCUCAGGAAGUAAGUAAGUAAGACUGCAGUAAGCCAAGAUCGGGCCACUGCACUCCAGUCUGGGUGACAAAGUGAGACCCUAUUUCAAAAAAAAAAAAGAAAAGAAAAAAAAUCAGAUCAUGAGAGGCAGUAACUCUCCAGGACUGGAAUAUUUGCUCACUGUUAAUGGUAGCUCACUGUGUGCUGAGAUUGUUAAAAGAGUGCAUAAGACUGUUGUUUCUGUUUUUAAAGAUAUUUUUCUAUCUCUCAUUUCUGAGGGAUAAAUUUUUUAAAAAAGUUUUGAAGUUCUUUGGGACUUAGCUAUGAUGUGAAUGCUUAUCCCUAGAUGAAAUUUAAAGGAUUUUUAAAAAGUUAUUGCUACACGUAAAAUAAUAAAUAGGUAAUUUGAGUAAUUUUAUUUUGAACUCCUUGGUUAAUUAUUUUUUUUUUUUUUUUUUUUUUUUUUUUUUUUUUUUUUUUUGAGACAGAGUCUCGCUCUGUCGCCCAGGCUAGAGUGCAGUGGCGCAAUCUCGGCUCACUGCAAGCUCCGCCUCCCGGGUUCACGCCAUUCUCCUGCCUCAGCCUCUCCGAGUAGCUGGGACUACAGGCGCCCGCCACCGCGCCCGGCUAAUUUUUUGUAUUUUUAGUAGAGACGGGGUUUCACCGUGGUCUCGAUCUCCGGACCUCGUGAUCCGCCCGCCUCAGCCUCCCAAAGUGCUGGGAUUACAAGCGUGAGCCACCGCGCCCGGCUAAUUAUUUUGUUUGUAUAUUGUUUCAGCUACGGAUAAUUCAAAUUUAUAGACACUAUUGUGGAGUAAUACUCUCUGAUAUAUCAAGGAGAAUUGUGUUAGUCACAUGAUGAUUUUGUUUUACUUUUUUAAUGCAUUUAUUAUUUUAUUAAUUGGACUAAAUGUUGAGACCAGACCAGUGUCUACAUAUUUUCAUUGUUAGAAAAAUCUACAAAAGUCUACCCUUUCUACAAUGAUGACUUUAAAAAAAAAAAGCAGCAUAAAUAUUAGCCUGCAAGAGCAGUCCUAAACAAUCACAAUUAAACUGUACUACACAUGAAGACUGUUGUGAAGCAUUUACCUCCCCCAAAAUCUUUACAGUUCCAUUUCUUGGUGAAGUGGCACGCUGUGGGUUGUGAUUCUUAAUUCUUCAUUGUGUUUGUCAAUAGGACAUUCAUGCUGGAUAGGUUGUCUUUUGUUUAUUUUUUUAUGUCUCAAAUCAUCUUGUGGGAUUGUUUGCUCAUCUCGUAAUACAGUUUUAAGCAGAAAGGUUGAAACAAUGUAAAUGGUUUUUGUGAAAAUUAUUGGUUACUAUAUAUUUUUUUCUUUUUUUUUUUUUUUUGAGCUGGAGUCUCGCUGUGUAGCCCAAGCUGGAGUGCAGUGGCACAGUCUCAGCUCACUGCAACCUCCGUCACCAGGGUCUCGGUUCAAGCAAUUCUGGCUCAGCCUCCUGAGUAGCUGGGAUUACAGGCAUGCGCCACUAUGCCCAGCUAAUUUUUGUAUUUUUAGUAGAAACGGGGUUUCACCAUGUUGGUCAAGCUGGUGUUGAACUCCUGACCUCAUGAUCCACCCUCCUUGGCCUCCCAAAGUGCUGGGAUUACAGGCGUAAGCCACCGCGCCCAGCCCAGUUACAAUAUUUUUAAAGAGCUAGAAUGGCCUCUUUGUAAAUAGAAGAACAUUUGUAAAUAAAGUUGAAUUUCUAAGUAAAAAAAAGGACACAUACAAAUGUAUAUAUAUGUGGGUUUUUUUUAAAGAGUUUUUGCUUUCAUGUUUAGGACCAUAUCUUAUGCUUUUUUGGGUUUUCUUUAUUACCAGUCACUAUGCUGGUUGUAUUUUUCUUAAGAGCAUGAGCUAUAUUAUACAUUUCUUUGUAUUUCCUUCAAAAUAAUGCCUUGUUAUACAUAGGAGGGGUAGAAUGUUUCUUGAUUUCAAUAAUAGGUACUCAGUUAAUUUUUGUUGUAUAAUUGAUUGAACUUUAUCUUCUGUUAUUAGAAUUGAGUGCAAGCAAACCUCACCUUGUUUUGUCCUCCUUUGCCCUGCUAAAAACUUCUGAUAUGUUUUAACAUCUCCCUAUACAUAGGGCCCUUACCUUUCCUUUCCCCUUUUCCUCCUUUCCCUUUCCUGAGAGUCUUGCUUUGUCAUUCAGGCUGGAGUGCAGUGGUGUGAUCUCGGCUCACUGUAACCUCCAUCUCCUGGAUUCAAGUGAUUCUCCUGCCUCAGCCUCCCGAGUAGCUGGGACUACAGGCAUGUGCCAUCAUGCCUGGCUAAUUUUUUUGUAUUUUUAGUAGAGACAGGGUUUCACUACAUUGGUCAGGCUGGUCUCGAACUCCUGAUCUCAGGUGAUCUCGCCUCGGCCUCCCAAAGUUCUGGGGAUUACAGGCAUGAGCCACUGCGCCUGGCCUCUUAGGGCUAUUUCUUGAAUUAAUGAUUAGAAUGUUAUUGCUCACAAAAGCUGCGUGGCUGCUUUUCUUCUCCAGGGAUUAUUUAUGUGAAAGUUGAUUAUACAUAUUGGAUCAUUCUUGUCAUACCCAACUAAAUUGGAGUCGAGAAGCCAAGGGGAACAAGCUCUCAGAGCACAUAGCACCUGCUCCAAUAAUUAAUAUUUUCACAAGCCCAGCUACUGAAAUAGCCCAAUGUAACCCUGAGACCAGUUUGAUCUUGUAGUUGCCAAAAUGACUUGCCCUGACUCUUAGGACUAGUUUUACAUACCAUGGUCACUCACUAAUCAGAAUUUGCCGACUCCCAAAACUUUCUUUGAUGCCAGUGAGCUUGCUUUCAAAACAACAUGUACUAUUUCCCUUUCUAAUAAAACUCCCAAUCAUCUCUUUGUUCUUCAGACAUGUCUGUGUGUAUGCCCUGAAACGCAAUUCUUGCUUCCCAAAUAAAACAUUUUAAAUUUA